AUGGGGGUUUUGAGAAUGUCGGAGAAUGGGAAGAAACACUCGAUUUCCCGUGAAUCUCUUCUCAAAAUGCUCUCCGGAUCGACGAUGCUCGAUUCAAUCGCGCCGAAAACCGCUUCCAAGGCUCCUGUAGCUGAUAAGGAAAAUAACGUACCAGUCGGAUAUCAGCAAACAAACAAAAUUAUGGUGCAACAAAUUCGACAAUUGAAGCUCGAGGUGGCCAACGGCAAAAGACAAAUCGAGGAUCUGCGAAAGGAAAACUUCCGCUUAAGUGAACGUCUCCACGCGCUCGAGGCAGCAACUGAGAAUGAACGAGUGGAGAUGAUUUUGAACGAAAGGUUAAAGAAGAAACUUGGCCAGUUGACGCAAAUCUCUAAACGUUGCAUCGAGACGAUGGAAAAGCACAAAGAGGACUUUACAAAUGUUUUGGGCGAUAUUGGACUUAAUGAUCUCGACUUUGAAGAUACGACCGAGCCAAAGCCAUCAAAUGGAGGGCGAAUGAUGUUGACAAAUGAUUUAAAUAGAGUGGAGGAAUCUCCGAUCAAAUUUGUCGAGGCUAAAUUGACCGCUUCAACUGUUCGACGAGGACGUUCAGCGAAAAAGGACAUGGAAGAGCCGUUUGAUCCGGACGCGACUCCGAAAGCCGAACAACCAUCGACAUCAGCAGCGAAACCAAUAAAGAGAUUAGCGCUUGAAACUCCUAAAGUUGUGUCACGUUCAGUAAAGCGAAAAGCUGCAGUCGAAUUGGAGACGCCAAGAUUGGCGGCAGGAGGAGCGAAUGAGCGAAUGUUACCACCCGAGACCCCACUCGAUUUCCCGAAUCCAUUCAUUGAGACGGAUACAGUGAGAAGACGUCGUCAUGCAACCCUUCGAGUUCCCACAUAUGCCCUUCCCGCUUUGAAUACGAAAAUGAGACGACCUGGCAAAGCGGAUGAACCGAACCCUUAUAUUUCG